AGCUGUGACACUUUUUGUUUUUGUCCUUUUUUUAAUUAAAUAUCUUUCCAUAUACGUUUAUGUUGGGUUAUGAGGCUAUUUUUUAUCACUGUCUUCUUGUUUUACCUGCCCAGUGCUUAACCUCCCUGGCGGUAUUCCCGAGUGUAGCUCGGGGUAAAAUUUCAGUACCAAAAGCGGUAACCCCGAGCUACACUCGGGCUUACCAUGCGGCGUUGCUCAGGGAGUCCCUGCAGCACUUACUUUGUCCUUCGCUCCCACGAUGUGUCCCCUGCAGCAUCCUUGGCUAUCUCCUCCGGCCGAUGCCGGCAUCCGGCUUCCGUGUUUCGGUCCCUGUGACUUCGGGACGUAUGGGCGCCGGAACCAGCGGCAAAUUUGAAAUUUUUUAAAAAUGUCAUUUUUUUAAAAUGAUUAUUUUGUCCCUACUGAUUUGUCCUGUGCCCUGCCUGCAUUUUGACUGUUCUUUCUG